AUGCCUUUGGCUCAUAUGUUCGGUUGUACAACUAUUAUCGUCGUUACAUCAUUAGGCGGAGAAAUUGGAUUUUGGCAAGGAAAUGUUAACAAAUUAAUGGAUGAAUUUCAGGAUUUUAAACCGAAUUUACUUACAAUGGUUCCUCGUCUUCUCAACAAAUUAUACGAUACAGUUAUGUCGGAAACUCAUCAAAAAGAUCAUCCAUCUAAAAGUAAAACCCAAUAA